AUGACAAAUGAAGACAAGGGAAAAGCCCUUUGUUCGGCGGCAAAACACGGCUGGGCAGAAGUGGUCCUUGCGUUGCUUGAAUUAGGCGCAGAACCGGAUUUUAAAGACCCAAAACAACACUCAAGAACUGCUCUGUCUCAAGCCGCGGAAAAGGGGCACUUCAAUACUAUGAAGAAAUUGAUAGAUUGGGGAGCAUUCCCAAACUCAGCAGACGCAAAUCACCGGACACCUCUGUCGUAUGCGUCGGAGAUGGGACACAACUCUGCGAUUGAGAUAUUAUUAGCAGAUCAACGUGUCGACCCAGAUACUGAGGAUAAUAGCGGACGAACACCUCUAUUACACGCAGCUGGGAGAGGGCAUGAGGCAGUAGUGAAGCUUCUGGUCAAGAGUGGCAAGGUCGACCUGGAGGCUAAGGAUAAAGACGGCCAGACGCUGCUUGUAUUGGCGGUCGAAAGACGCUAUGAGGCAAUUGUGAAGCUGCUGGUCGAGAGUGGCAAGGUCGACCUAGAGGCUAGAGAUAAAGACGGCCAGACGCCGCUGGUAUUAGCGGUUGAAAGAGGCUAUGAGGCAACUGUGAAGCUGCUGGUCGAGAGUGGCGCCGACGUUAAUGCUAAAGAUAAAGACGGCCAGACGCCGCUGUUAUGGGCAAUGAGGAAUGUGUAUAGGAAUGAGGCAGUUAUAAAGCUGCUGAUCGACAGAGGCGCCGACUUAGAGGCUAAGGAUAAAGACGGCCGGACGCUGCUGUCAAGGGCAGCUGGGUAUGGGAAUAAGUCAGUUGUGAAGCUGCUGAUCGACAGGGGCGCCGACUUAGAGGCGAAGGAUAAUCACGGGCAGACGCCGCUAUUAUGGGCAGCCAGGUAUGGGGAUGAUGCAAUUGUAAAGCUGCUGGUCGACAGGGGCGUUAACCUAGAGGCUAAAGAUGAUAAUUAUGAGCAAACGUCGCUGUUAUGGGUAGCGGAGAAUGGGGAUGAGGCAGUUGUAAAGCUACUGGUUGAUAAGGGCGCCGACUUAGAGGCUAAGAAUAAAUACGGCCGGACGCCACUGUCAAGGGCAGCUGGGAAGGGGCAUAAGGCGGUUGUGAAGCUGUUGGUCGACAGAGGCGCCGACCGAGAGGCGAAGGAUUAUAACGGGCAGACGCCGAUGUUAUGGGCAGCCGAGGAGGGGCAUAAGAAGGUUGUGAAGUUGUUAGAAAAGCAAUAA